UUUUUCGAGAUCUCGAUUUCGUACGAUAUUUUUCUGGUUUUUCGAGAUAUUUCGAUCUGGAUUGUUCGAUUCUCGUAUGACCCUUCCAGUCCAAUCUCUAGUUGAUAUAUAGAUUUGGUACUAUUCGAUAGAGGAUCCCCACUUCCUAUCCUUUUUCUCGUAAAAUGCUUUUUGGAUCUCAUUGUUCCUUUUUUGUAAGUUAAGGAAAAAAGCUACUAUCUUGUUGAAAAAUUUUUAAUUGUCGUAUAAAAAUUAUUUCAUUGUUUUGCUAUUUUAUUAAAUAAAUACAAAUGUUUUAAUACAUUUUUCUCUCUCACAUGGAGAGAGAUUAAUCUCAGGAGAAAAUUUGGGUUUUCAUUAAAUCGGCAACAUUGCCUAAUUGCCUCAAUCCAUUGCGAGUAUUUAUUAAAUCAUAUUUUUUAGUUGUAACAGAUAUGGAGUCUACAUCAAAUUCUGAUAAAACAACAGCUUAUAAUGAGAUGUGCAGAAGGAUUGUACAAGCAAAUCCCCCAACUCCAAACAAAAUGAAGCCCUUUGAUAAAUUUAAAGCAAAUUUUCGUUUUUAUGUUCAACAAUGUACUAGAAAGCCUUUGUUACUUAAAACAUUAAUUUCUGUAGCAACUGUUGGGUUAGUAAAUGGAACAAUUUAUUACAAUUAUGGUCCAGAUCAUCCAUGCAAUCUUAUUUUAUGGUUUUACUAUAAACGCAACGAUAAAUUAACUACAGAACAAUUGUGGAAAUCUAGAAUGGUUUCUGAAUAUCAACGUAGCUUCUAUCAAAACUUGGAUCGUUCAUAUUAUACUUCAGAGCGUGACAAGAAAAUAAAUACAAUGCUCUUUUAA